AAGACAAGGAGCGCACAGGUGAAGCCUCUCACUGAGUCUGCGGCUCCCUUUGUCUCACCAUGGACCUGCCAUCUUUACUGCUUUGUAUACUGUUGGAGUUACUGGCUGUGAAUUGUUUCGACAUGGCAGAAGAGCGUAUAGUGGGAGGAUACGCACCAGUCCCACAUUCAAUCAAGUACAUUGUGUCGAUACAGACCACAGACAACCAGCACAUCUGCGGGGGCUCCUUGAUAAACAAGUACUGGGUGAUCACGGCGGCGCACUGUAACAUCGGGGUAGACAACAUGAUGAUAGUAGCAGGAGACUACUCUCUGAGCAUCUAUGAGGGCACAGAGCAGCAAAUCCUGCCCCAGCUUCUGGUGCCCCACCCCGGGCAUAACAUCCUCGACAACAACAAUGACAUUAUGCUUGUUAAGCUGAUGGCUCCGGUCUAUCUGAACAGCUACGUCUCCAUCGCUCUGCUGCCCAGGCAGGACGCCUCCAUAGCGGAGGGACGAAUGUGCCGGGUGUCGGGCUGGGGAUACACCAGCCCCAGCGGAGGCCAGAUCCCCUCAACCCUCCGCACCGUCAAGAUCCCCGUCAUCUCCACGGAGAAGUGCAACAGCACUGAGUCCUUUUCUGGCACCAUCACAGAAAACAUGCUCUGUGCUGGUUACAGCACUGGUGGAAAAGAUGCCUGUAAGGGGGACUCUGGGGGUCCGCUUGUGUGUGAAGGGCGGCUCUACGGCGUGGUGUCCUGGGGGAGAGGUUGUGCCGAGGCCAUGUUUCCUGGAGUCUACACUGCCGUGUCCAAGUACCGCAGGUGGAUAGACGACACCAUCUCCAGCAGCUACGGCAGGUGUGACAACAAUUAGGACGCAUCGUUGAAGAGAGAAAGACAAAACACUCGGCAGAGACUGGAGGUUCAUCAGUUUGAUUUGAUACGUGUCGUAUGUUCUCUUCAUCGUUUGUGCACGUUUGAUUUUAUGUUCAUGCGCUAAAGGAAUCGUUGAAACAUUUUUGGGAAACACAAUAAUUCACUUUUUACGAUCAAGAGAUAAAUGAGAAGGUCGGGACCGCUCGAUCAGCUAGCAGAGAUUUAGCGUAGCUUAGCAUAAAGUCAAGAAACAGCUAAUAAGAUCUCCGUCGACUAGCAGCUCUGGAACAUGCAAAUGAAAUGACCACAUUCAAUUUGUUUUAGAGUUUAAAACCCAAAGUGACGACUUGACCAAAAGUGAAGCCAGGUAUGAACUCUGCCUCCUCCAUGUUAGUGGACGGGUCAAACUAAAACGUCAAAGUACACGUGAAUUAGAUGGUUUCUGUUAUUUUAGGUUUGUUCAAGUGAUAAUUCUUCUGUAUAGUUUGGUUUUCAUUAGUUAUUUGAUGAUCUAAAAACAAUGGUUGCCAAUGACAUCACAAGUGCUUUUGUACAAUUUACUUUGUCUAUGAUAAAAACAUAGAUUUAUGACUACAGGGUCUGACUGGUGCUAAGCUAAGCUAACUCUCCAUCUCCAAGUGGAAUCAACUUUCUCGUCUUGUUUUCGUUCCAGAAAGUGAAAAAGCAAAUUUCCCAGCGUGUCCAACGAUUCCUUUAGGUUCACAAGCUUGAAUAUUCAUCGUUUUCCGUUGUUCAUCUAUUUAAAACAUUUAAAAAAACAAAACAUGAUGCUUAAUCUUCCCUCUGAAAAAAAACAGGGUAUAUAUUGACCACAUUACCACAACAUCAGGACAGAGGUGCCAUAUCGCUGCUUCAAGAGCUCACAAUCAGAGCACUCACAAAGAACCAGGUCCAACUGGUGCUACCGCUAUCAUAUGAGUCCAGUACAGUCCAGUACAGUCCAGUACAGUCCAGUCCAGUCCAGUCCAGUACAGUGAGCCUGCACAGAAACUCAGUGAAGCUCAGACAAAUUAGUAUUAUUAGACUGAAAUUAGGAGAAAAUAACGUCUAUGUAAAAAAAAAAAGCCAAAAAACCACAGUUCUGGCUUCUCAAAAAUUAAGAGUUCUUUCGAUAUUUCAAAACUUACCAUGAAGGUUUAGGGCCCACAUUUUGUUUUUAAAGUAAAGUCAUAAUACUAGAAGAAUAAAAAAUUAGAAAGUUACAGUAAGUUUCACAAAUAGCAAAAAUACUUUCAUCAUAUCAGCUCCACAUUGUCAUAAGUCUCAGGACUUUGAAAAGAUUGUGUAAGAAACUGAGUCUAUUCUGAAGCCAG